GUGAAAACCUGACUUAAAACACAUGAAGCCUCUCUCAGAAGAAGGCCUGCAAAACUCUAGCUGAAGGAAAGAAAUUCCGAGAGCCAAGCCAACGGCACUAUGUCACAACAAGAAGAAAGCACAUAUACACACUGGCCCAGAAAAAAAAGCAGGUCUGAGAGAGUGACUACAGGCUCUCUGAGCCACGAGAUGCUUGAAUACAGACAGAAUAAACAUAUCAAUGUACUAAUAAAAUACAGAUCACAUAAAUGUGCAACAAUGUGAACUUGGACACACCACACGGAAGUCAUCCUCAUAUUUAAAUGCACCAUCUCUAUAUCUUGGAUGGCCUGAGGCAAAACACAACCCAGAAGAAGUACGAGAAGAAGCUUUUUCCAACUGUAGUCGUUGCUUGUUUACUUCAUUCAAGCGUUGCCGUGGAGAAAAAGGGAGACGCCAUUAUAUGCUUCAAAUGCACAAUAGACAAAUCUGGGUUUGUUUCCCUUCAGCUACGAUGACGUUGAUGCUUGACGACACUGAAUGGCAUCUCUUAAAAUAUCUGCAAUCAAGCGUGCGCAACUAAGGGAAUUCAGCACAGCAAAGUGCAUCCACAUCAGAGUAGUUCCUGCACUGGAUUGCAUCUCAUAGAGUUCGACAUGGCAGUGAACAGCACAUUAGUGAGUUUUGAUGGUGGCGUUCAACAGUUAGAAGGGGAAGAUACUAAAAUAAUCGUACCAGCUAUUCUCAGCACAAUCAGUGGGCUUGGGAUCGGUGGGAAUGUUUUGGUGCUUGUGGUACUAAUCUACGUUUUCAGCAGCCAGAGUGCAUCCGAGGCUAAUGUGAUGCUGGCCAACUUGAGUGCAACUGACUUGCUGAUACUCUCUGUGUGCGCUCCGGCGCGCGCGGUCACAUACUACAAGCGCACUUGGACACUCGGACUACUGGCUUGCAGAACUACAGAGUGGAUUCAGCACAGCUGUCUGGCAAUUAAAGCAUUUACACUGUUAGCUACGAGUCAAGCACGUCAUAACUUUUCCAGUCAUCCUGAAGAGCAGUUGAAUUUUCGUCAAAAGAACGUUGUGAUCACCUUAAUAAUCAUAUGGACGGUUGCACUCGUGUUUCCAGUUCCUGAUAUCAUUUUUUCCAGGCUGAAAGAAGAGGGAAAUAUCAGUCUGUGUGUAUCCGAAUCAUCUUUUCACUCCCAAGAUGCAAUGCGAGUUUUCAGUAAGAUGCUACCACUGGGCAUCUAUGUUCUUCCCAUCAUCCUCUCUGCUGUGUGCCACAUCAGGACCAUCUUCCUCAUCAAACCGAGUUCCCACGAGGAGUCUUGUCUUGCACGUCAAUAUGAGAAUUCUUUGAUGUAUUUAUGCGUCAUCGCCCUGAACACGCUGAUGAUGCUUCCCGAGUGGGUUUCUUGGGUGUGGAUGCGCCAUAGAUCCAGCGAAAGCUGCAAACCGUCAGUCGGUUUGCAGAUUUUUGCUCAGGUGUGUGUUUACUUGAGCAGCAUGUUCUUUCCCGCCAUUCUUCUGACCAUGCAUGUGCCCCUAAGAGAAAGUCUUAGCAAUCUGUGUUCACUGUUGGCUUGUCGACGUGAUAAACACAGACUAAAACUCGAGGGGAACGGAAAUGAGAUGCGCACAGUGGUUAUGAGAGUGUUGGAUGAGCGAGGAUGUGUGACCAUAAUAGAGAGGCAUUCAGAUGCAUCCUGUCAAACUCUUCCAGAUCUCGAGCACUUUUGGAGCGAACGGCGAAACACUACAGUCACAGAGAAUAGUGACCCGUUACCAUGGGAACGACUGAAUCAAAGCAACGUUGAACGCUAACCUUUGACCUCUGUUAUAUCUGUGUGGGAAAAUUCGGUUUAAGAUGCUAUCUGUGUCUAAGCUGGUCCAAGCUUGUAAUAAACUGUGCAGUCAUGUAUUGACUAAAUGUAUGUAUUGAAUAUGAAAACCUUUUCUGAUUGCCCUGCUUAGUUGCACAAGGCCAAAAAAAGGUUAUACUUUUCUUUUUUAUGAAGUAAAUCUUAUUUUCACUUUUGUCUGUUGUGUAUUUAAUUAAUGUGUGUUCUGACUCAGAAUCUGUUUCACUAAGAAAUGUUUUAAGUAUAUGUAAACAAUAAAA